AUGAACGACCACAGAAGUCUACUACAAGGAGGAAUGAAAGAAGAAAAUCGAGCAAGAAAACCGAUCUCAGCUUCGCCUACAAGGUCUCAAAUCGUAGUCACAAACGCAAACGCAGCUUUAACUGGUCCGUCCGAAGUGGCGUUUAACGUUUGCUGCUUAUGCGUCUGUUGUCCUCUUUGCAUUCUGUGGUGCUGCAUCAAACUGCCUUGUGAAAUCGGAUGGCGAGCCAUCCUAAAGACUGGACGCCACUUAAGCGGCUGUGGCAGAAGCUUAAGCAUGAGGAAUAAGGAUGCUGAUUAUUCGUCAUUUUCUGAUAUUGAUUCAGAUGAAGUGAAAUACGAAGCUCAUAGUCGCUUAAAACGAAAUGGCUGA